AUGAGCGGAUACACGGGAAAUAAUUAUAGCAGAUACUCAUCCACUCCUCCGAGACAAAGGGGGGGUUAUCACCAUGCGAGACGAAGUAGAGGUGGAGCAGGCGGAUCGUAUUACAGAGGCGGUAAUGCGUCUUAUGGCGCGAGAUACAACAGUGACUAUGAGCAGCCGCCCCAAGAGGGAGACUUGAGACAAACCGGAGCAUACUAUCGAAACGGAUACACAGAUACAAGGCCGUACUAUUCAGCUAAUAGCAGGCAUUACCAAGCACAACCAUCCCCCAGGUACAACAAUGGUACAAAUUCGUACCACCUACCGCAACGUGGCAAUAGUCAAGAUACGAACGGCAGGACCACGAGCGCCUCGCAAGAAGAUAAUGACGAAAAAAGAGUCAAGUCCAGAUACCGGAACAUGCAGGCAGAUCAUCCACGCCAACAACCGAUGAGCGUUGGCAGCACCAGCAGCAGAAAUGGUAGUAGUGGGAACAGCAGCACUAGCAGCACCAGCAACGGGCUUCCGCCACCACCUUCAGUAUCGUCUAUAACCAACAAUAGAUCAUAUCACAGCAGUGCUUAUCCAUAUUCCAGCAGCCAUACUUACAAUAAUUACCACCACCGUGAGACACCACCGCCUCCCCCAUCGAAUGGCUAUUAUGCAAAGGGUUACCCAGUACACGUACCAGAAAAUAGAAGUAACAGCGACGGCUCUAGCAGCAGCGUCGUCAAGAAGAAAAGAAUACUAGAUAUGAAAGAUUCCCCCUUUAUUUACUUGACAGAUUUUGAUAAAAAUGUGAAAAAGACAAACAACACCGAAAGUGAAUGUGAAAAGGCGAGGGAAGUUUUCAAAGAGAGCGAUUCCAUCGAUUCCGCUUUGGAAGAACUAAACCUAAAAAUCAAUUCUAAUGAGCUAGAAUUGCGGCUCCUAAAUAACCAGUGCGACAAGCAUGCAUUAAAUAUUCAACUGACCCAAGAAAAGCUGGACUCAUUGUUAUUAAUGCAGUAG